UGUUUUAAGUUCGAUUGGUGCACCGCACAUGGUCCGUCAUGGCGCAAACUUAAGUUACCGGAGAGUCAAUGUUAUCGUUAGAAAAUAAUAAUCUCGUGCCGAAGUUAAUAAGGGAAAACGAAGACAUUACGUUCUUAUUCUUGAGCGACUCGAAUAGAAGAAAGAUUGAACCGAACAGAUGUAGAUGUCAGAAUUUGCAAUGUGAUUGUUUCGCCUCGGUUCAAAGCGGGGGUGUGACAAUUUUUAAGGGCAAUCUCGAAAGAUAGUUUUCUUUUUCAAAUCUGUAGUACAUUAGAUCCUUUAAAUAGUAUUGUCGGUUGUGCCUUUUAUAACUUUACCGAAAAGUCGUAUUAUCAUUGUUUCUUUUUUUCCCCUCCUACGUCUCUUCCUGCGCUUUUUUCGGGAAUAGCAAUUUAUCGCGUACGUAUAAGAAAGCUUUAAUAACUCUUUAUUUUAUUUUUAAAUUGAAAAUUCAUUUGUCAAUUUAAUUGUUACGAUUUUUUUUUCUUUCAUUCUUGUAAAGUACAUAUUAAAUUUGAUGAUGUCAAUGUCAUUGAUUCUGAUACUAGUUAUUAUAUCGAACGAUUAAGGAGAUUUUUCAUUAAUUUAAUGCUCGUUUAAUUGUUUCCACGUCACAUACAGAUUAUUAUGUUUUCUUUAAUAUUGUAUACGCAUGUUGAAAACUAAAUAAUAAAUUAAAACAUAAAUAUCAAUAUAUUGGAUCUCUUUGCUUAUAGGUUAUACAACCAUUUGUUGUUAUAUGUCUCUAAUAUAACCAAGUCCUUAAAUAUUUUUAAUGCAAAAUAUAUGUGUUGGAAUCACGCAUCAAACAUUAGGAUAGAAAUGCCGUUGAGUCCAACGAAUCAUAAUAUAUCUACCGACACUACAGAAAGUGUAAAUCCUGGUACAUCUGUUCAUGUGACAUCAACUUGCUGUACUCCACCUCCAUCAUAUCAUAACAUUAAUUUACCUCUUGGACAUCAUUCUACAUUACCUAGUGAUCGUGGUGCACCGCCUUCUUAUGAAGAAGCCAUAGAUCCCAAUGCACCUCCUCCUUCGUAUGAUUCAUUAUUUGGUCGGAUGAGGGAGGCACAUAAAGUCUCCAAAGGUGUAUUUGAUUUCUUAAAAAAUAUAAUCGUUCUUCUUGUGGGUACAAUUGGAUGCACCAUUAUUCUCGGUGUGACAAUCGUAGUUCCAAUAUGCAUGAUGAUCAUUGGAGCAUUGUACCUUUACGACUGUCCACAGGGUGAAUACAUACCCGUUUAUUUAUUAGUAGGUGGAGGAUUUGGUGUAUUUAAACAAUUAUUACAUUUAUCUGCACGUGUAAGACAGCGACAAGAAGAAAGAGAUGAAGAAAGGAUUAGACAGUCGCCAACACAAACAUUGAUCAAUUGCUUCAUGCUGGGCUGGUUUAUCAUUGGUUCCAUGUGGGUGUAUAAGGAAUACGAACCAAAUUAUGAUCCAUCCCUUGGCAAAUAUUGCAACAAAACUUUAUAUUUAUUUGCCUUUUGGUUGAUAACCUCUGUCUAUAUAUGUCUGGGUGUUAUAACAGCCGGUCUUUGCAGUAUUUCUGUAGCCAGUAUUGCGUUCCAAAGGCCACCGCCUGAUCUUAUGUAAGAAAUAUUAAUAAUUUCAAAAGAAACGAAGAAUUGUUAAAUUUUUUGGCAUUUUGGGAGCAAAAAAUGAGAGUGCACACAAGAAGACAUCUGUUGACGGAAGUCACUCAAUAUUGGGGCACAAAAAAUUCGUCCACGUUUAUGUACCUGAGAUACUUAAACGACAACUUAUGCACAGAUUAUUUGCGCGUUAGAAAUACCACUAAAUACUUGCACUUCUCGGACUAUGAUGAAUUGGAGGUUGGUUAUGAAAAAGUUCUCAAUAUUAUCAAUACAUUAAUUAUAAAUACUCAUAUUCUUUGUAUUUCUAAUUUAUAAUUUGUUUACAAAUCUUUAAUCGAUAAUGGUGUAAAAGAUAUACGUACUCCUAAUUUGCCAGUGGCAGAUCGAUUUAUGCAAGAAAAGAAAAAACGCUUUAAUCACUUUAGGUUGUGGAUAUUUCGUGGUAAACACGGAUCUUAAUCUUGUGCCAAGAGAAAGCAAGAUCGUAGGGAAAAGUAUUUUGUUACUGCAGUGUAGUAUUGAAUACGAGGAAAAAAGGUGAAUACGAUAAUCGUAUUUGAAUCAAAGCGUAAAAGUGAUAUCUACGAUCUCGCGUUACGUCUCGCAUAUGCUUCGACUUGAAAUAUUCGAUCUCUUACGUCUCUAAUACACUUUAUUAGCAUUAAAAAUGCCCUAUUGAUAACACUAUUACAAUCUUUUCAACGACAAACGGUAGCUGUUCUUAAAUGAUCAUAAGAUAACUAUAAAAGAACAAAGAUCUUCACUUAGGCGUGACACGACUUAUUACUUACGGUAAAAAAGACUGCGAUAUUUCGCGUUAACUUUAUAUUCUUUUGCCCUCUCCUCCGUCCUUUAAACCUUUAGCGACCUCCAUUGGGCCUUCAUCGUCAAUGCAGUCAGAUGUAAUCUGUACAGCGACCUUUAUCCUAUAAUCUAUACCGCUUCAAGAUUUCAAAUUUUCUAAAUUAAGAUAUUGGUAUAAAUAAGUUUUAUCGAUAAUUCGAAACAUAAGACAAUUAUAAAGCCAAUAAUUAUUGAUACCGUACGAUUUUGGAAAUAAAUACGGUAUAUCAAAUUGGUAUUUAGGCAUAGUGGAGGAACCAUUAAUUUAAGAAUAAUGUAUUAUAGGCAUAUAACGUUAUAACAUCUCUUCCACUUUCAUACAUCUUUAGCUACUUUGUCUUCCUAUUAAAUAAGUUAUAAAAUUAAUUAUUCUGGAGAAAAAAGAAAAUGUAAUCUCAUUACUAUGUCGAUUGACUAAAACACGCGCUUGCGAAUGAACAUUGAACAAGCUUCUGCUUUUUAUUGUAUAAUUAAGUGUAUCUUCGGCAUAAAACACUUAAUAUUGGAUGAAGCUGGCUAAAUUUGUACAUACAUAACAAUGUGAUUUGAACGCACGCUAAUACGAACGAGUAUAUUACUCGCAUUGCAUUUAUUGCUAAUUAUAAUUUUACACUAUUAUCCUGGUAAACAUAUAUUUUAUGCGAAAACAGUGUGUAUCUGUAAAAAUGAUCCCCAUUAUAUCGUGCAUUAUAAGCACUUACUCACAUUUCUUAUUAUAAUUUCCUAAAUAAACGGCUUAAAAUUAA